AUGUCCCCACCGUCCCACCUCCCUGCCCUAUACCAGGAACUCCAAAGAUCAUUCGAGUCACGUCCAUGCAACCUACAGAAUUGUGGACAGUUGCUAGCCAAACUGAAGAUCGGUCUAAUAGAAGCUGGUCUUUUGGUUCCACAACCAAACUCCAAGCUGGAGGAUUUGGUGGUCGCUCGCGACAUUCUGGAAAUUGGUGCAAUAUGCAGCAUUCGCGCACAAGAUGUUCCAUCUUUCGACAGAUAUUUCUCCCAGCUCCAGACGUUCUACAAUGACUUCAGCUCUGUACUCCCGCCUUCACAGCGCGAAUAUCCGAUUCGUGGCCUUAACCUCAUCCGAUUGCUCACUCAGAACCGCAUUGCCGAUUUCCAUACCACAUUAGAAUCUUUACCACUUCCCGCGGACGAAAUCAGCUCCAAUCCAUACAUUAGCCAUCCAGUAAACCUCGAACGUCGGCUUAUGGAGGGAAGUUAUAGCAAAGUUUGGCAUGCGAGGGAAGAAGCCCCCAUAGAAGAAUACAAGUUCUUCGUGGACAGUCUCAUGGGUACUAUCAGAAACGAAAUUGCGAGUUGUGAAGAGACAGCAUAUGAAACUCUUCCUCUCAAGGAUGCGGCGACCCUUCUCUUCUUCAGUAGUCAAUCUGAACUGGUUAAGUUUGCACAGGAGCGGGAGUGGCAGAUUGACGUUGUUGGCGGCACGAUCACAUUUGCUAAGAAGGGCGAGGAGCGAGUGGAGAUCCCCAAGGAGAAGCUGAUCCUUGCUGACCUGGCGUAUGCACGUGAACUCGAGCAGAUUGUAUAG